AUGGAAAACGACAACAGUAACAAGAAAAACGACAAUGUCCAACAACAAGAGAAAAUGCAGAAUUUGAGGAAUCAAGUGGAUUCUGUUAAAGCGGUGAUGGUGGACAACGUGGAACGAAUUCUGGAACGAGGAGAGCGAUUAGACAAUAUCGAGAGAAGAACAGAGCAGUUGAAUGCGACGAGUGCCAAUUUCAAAUUCACCGCCCGUAAAGUGCAACGAAAGUUUUGUAUGUUGAAUGCGAAAUGGACAAUUAUUCUGGCAAUCGUCAUUCUUAUCGUAUUCACCGUACUCCUUCUUCUCAUUCUUCAUUGGACUGGAGUCAUUGGAAAGAGGAAUAAUGAUUGA